UCACCAGCAAAGAGGAUGCUGCCAACAACUACGCCAGGGGCCACUACACUGUCGGCAAAGAGAUGAUUGAGGUUGUCACCAAUAAAAUCAGGAAGUUGGCUGACCAGUGCACGGGUCUCCAGGGUUUCCUCAUCUUCCACAGCUUCGGUGGAGGCACCGGCUCCGGCUUCACUGCUCUUCUUAUGGAGAAUUUGGCCAUUGAUUAUGGCAAGAAGUCCAAGCUGGAGUUUGCGAUCUAUCCGGCUCCUCAGAUCUCCACUGCAGUUGUAGAGCCCUACAACUCCAUCCUGACCACCCAUACCACACUUGAGUACUCCGACUGCGCCUUCAUGGUCGACAACGAGGCUAUCUACGACAUCUGUAAGCGUAACCUCGACAUCGAGCACCCGACCUACACCAACCUCAACCGUCUAAUUGCUCAGGUUGUGUCCUCCAUCACUGCAUCUCUUCGCUUUGAUGGCGCACUCAACGUCGACUUGACCGAGUUCCAGACCAACUUGGUGCCCUAUCCGAGGAUUCACUUUCCUCUGGUUACCUGUUCGCCUGUCUUAUCAGCCGAGCGAGCCUAUCAUGAGCAGCUGACCGUUGCUGACAUCACUAACGCCUGCUUCGAGCCGGCCAACCACAUGGUGAAGUGCGAUCCCCGUCAUGGCAAGUACAUGGCCUGCUGUCUGCUCUACCGAGGUGAUGUCGUCCCUAAAGAUGUCAGCUGUGCCAUUCAAAGUGUGAAGACCAGGCGCGCCAUCCAGUUCGUCGACUGGUGUCCAACUGGCUUCAAGGUGGGCAUCAACUAUCAGCCACCCACCGUCGUGCCUGGCGGUGAUCUCGCAAAAGUCGUGCGCUCUGUCUGCAUGCUGAGCAACACCACGGUUAUUGCCGAGGCCUGGGCUCGGCUGAAUCACAAGUUUGAUCUGAUGUACGCCAAGCGUGCCUUCGUCCACUGGUACGUGGGAGAGGGCAUGGAGGAGGGUGAGUUCUCUGAGGCUCGUGAGGAUCUGGCUGCUCUUGAACAUGAUUACGAGGAAGUUGGCCUUGAUUCUAGUGAUGGAUUGGUGGAGGAUGAUGACGUCGAAGAGACUUUAGCGUUCUAAAUGGAGAACUGUCAGUGCAAAUGUCACACUAAUAAAUGUCACUUUCUACUGUUUUGGUUGAACCUUGGGGAAAAAAACU